AUGGCUACGCAUAAAAAUAUCCGCUCUACCAUUCAAUAUUUUCAUGACAAUGAUGCAUUUUGUAAAAUUAUUCCUAUCGAACAUUUAUUAUCACGUCUUGUAAUGAAUAAAAUUAUCUUGAAAAAACAUGCGGCAAGAAUAAAGCGUAAAAACUGCAGACAGGAAAAGAAUCAAUUAUUCUGUCAGAUUUUACGAAAAGAAAGAAAUGAAACUAAUUUUAUGACAUUUUGCGAUUUAUUGUGCUGCGAAUACGAUCGAAAUGUGGCAGAGAUUGGACGCACUUUGCAUGAUAUGGCCAGCUCACCAGCAUGUUGGAAAGAAGACAGCUAUCAAAAUUUCUCGCUUGACAGCUGUAUCAAACCCCUAGCUGACCUUAAUUUAACUUCUUUCAAUUCUCCACAAUAUCAUGCACUAAAAAUGCAGCAUGAUUCCAGUGGUGCUCGACUACCAAUUGGAUAUGUAGCGAACAUCAAAGUAGAAGAACUAAUUGCAAUACAAAAUCGGGAAGUCAAGAAUCGAAUCCAGUCAUUGGAUUUAUUUUAUCAAAAUCCCUUCAUUAAGUUAGGAGUUUUUUUAAGGGCAACUGGUAUUCCGGUAACAUUAAUUAUGGUAUUGUGGCAGCAAGAUUUCAUUUUUUCGAUGGAUAUACUACAAUAUUUAGCCAAAGUAGGCUUACUAACCUUGUCCAAGAAAAACGAAAGGAAUUGCUGCAAUAUCGACGAAGACGCGUUUAAAUACGUUCAAAAUAUCCAGUCUUAUAAGCCCGAUUGUCAUUCUUUGCUUUUAGAUGAGCUAGAAUUACAAUGUCAUGGAAACUGGCACGAAUUGCCAAAUGAUGGCUAUAUCUAUCAUUAUCUUGUAAAUCAUGAGAUAGCAGCAAACAAAUUUAAAUCAGUAAAAUCGCUUAUAACUAAUUUGCGAUGGCUUGAUUGUAAAGUGAAUGCUCAUCACAAUUUAUCUGUCAUCUUGGAAGAUUUUGUAAAUAUUAGAGACAAAAUAUCAGCACAGGAUUGGCAGGAAAUAAUUCCUUUCUAUCAAUUCCUUAUUCGCUAUCAAGGUUCUUUAGCCAAAAUACGUGCAAAAUAUUGCACGAGAACAAUUACUGCUGAUAAUAUAGAACGUAUAAUGACUUUUAGUUGUUGUAAUCCUAAGUUGGGUCCUUUUAGAAUGGUAGUUACAAAUAUGACUGAUAGAUAUACUCAGAUUGUUAUGAACGUGGAAACUGGGACAAAAUUAUUUGUCACUUCGAGUGUAUGCAUAGUAAAAAUUUCAUCGGAUGGCAAAAUGAUUGCAUACGCUGACAAUUUAAAACUCUGGCAAGUCUGGCACAUUGAUUGCAAUACGGGAAUGAAAUUUAUUACGGUAGAUGGGAUUCGUGAUAAUCACCAAUGUAAUGAGAUGGAAUUUCCAGUAAGCAACAAUUCACUUAUCGCUUCAUGGCACAAUAAUUAUAUUUCGAUCUGGAAGAUCGAUCAGCAUAAACUUUAUAUUUCAAUGACGAAAAAAUGGCGUGCUUUAAGUCACUCAACGGUUCAAGUUUGUCAAUUUGUUAAUAAUGAUAACUCUAUUUUGGUAUGGGGUCAUUAUUCUCGAGCAUAUCAGCCCAACAAAUUAGCUUGCUACGCUAAUUACGACAAUAUCAAAUCGCAACUCACUGGCAAUUAUUUCAAAUGUUCGAAGAUUGAAUUUUGUGUAUGGAAAUUAGGCAAAGAACUAGUUACAGAUGAAACAAGACUAACGAUACGCUUUAAACAUUUAAAUCAGUUCAACAAAAGAAGUUUACGUGGAUGUUUCCAUGUUCUAAACCAUCGCUUUUUUCUACUAGAUUGCAUCGUAGGAAAAGAUUCAUCACAUCAAUUUUAUCAUAGCUUAUAUUUAAAAGCAACCAAACAUAGUGAUAUUGAUUUAACAGGAGAAAUAGAUACGUUAUACUAUCAAAUGCAACCCAGGUUUUUUAAUACCAUAUACCUGUCCCAAGAUAGACAAUCCAUUGCAGAAGUUGUUGAAGACAGGAUACAGAUCUUUACUGUUAAUGAAGAUCAAAUUUUGGCUUACGGUAUCAUAUACUGCCAUACUAACCUAAAACAUGAAUCGAAAUAUCAUCUUACUUUCGUACAUAAUAUGGAUCAAGUAAUGCUAAGUUAUGAACAAAGAAUUUAUAUUUUCGACGUCCAGAAAAGAAAUACUCAUUCAGCAUAUGAUGAUGAAGAUAAAAUUAAAAUCAUUUGUGCAAGUAGUGCCUUCGUUGAUGAUGCUGCUGUUUUAGUGCAAGUGAUUUCCAAGCAGUCUAUUUAUUUCCUUCAGACAUAUGAAGGUGAAUCUUUGAAGCUUACCAAUCAAGUAACGCUUGAUAUAAAUUCUCAUGAUCCUGAGAAUGUAUCUUGUGAGCUAUUAGCAGAUUGCAAUUCUAUCGUUAUUAUGCAUGAUUUCCCUGAUUGCGAACACAAUCAAUUUGGUAUACGCACUCAUAAGUUAGAUUUAAUGAAGAAGCAUUUGUCCAUUACGCUUACUAAAAUUGGUAACUUAGAAACGGAUCUGUUAUAUUACCCUAUGCUAUCAUAUGAUAUCUCCUGCGUUUCAGCAAUUGCAAUUUGCAAAUUGAAUUUCCAGGAGACUAAAACCUCCUGCACCUUUUUUCAUUAUAUUGUCUAUCAAGAAGAUUUCAGAACUUGGCAUGUUGAUAUAGAAAGAAAGGUAUACGACAAAAAUGGAAAUAUAAUUUUUCAAGUUAUGAAAGGAAAAUACUGUUUUCCGAAGUCACGAAAAGAGCAUGGCAAUAAAUCGUGGAUUAGUCAUAAAGAGUAUAUUAUUAUUGGCAAAAAGAACCAACUUGAACUCUAUGAUUUCAUUCAAGAAAAAUACUUACCGGUAAUAAAAUCCGCACAGAUCGGUAUCCCUCUUUCAAUCCAGUUCGGUAAUAGCAAAAGAAUGAUUGUCUACAAUGACGCUAAAGUUUUCCUUUACAUUACAUUAUUAAAAGAAACUGAAUAA